AUGGCCUGGGCGCGCUCAAAUGUCGCGAUCUUGAGACGCGACAAACUGACGACACAAGGCUCCAACAACACAUCGCAGCAAUGCGACCAAGGUGCAACGGCGUUGGGCGCGUCACAGAAGACAACAAAACGCGGCCGCAAGGCCAAUGCUGACGCUGAAGCCGAUCGGCCCAGCAAGCGAACCCGGAAAGAGGCCGAGCCAGAGACGGAGCCACGACGGAGUCGACGCGACAGAAAUUUGCGCGACGGCAACAGUUCUCCACAGCAGACGAGAAAGCGUGGUCGAAAACCAAAGCAGCGCGACGAAGACAGCGACAGAACCAGAGACGCUGCUGAGGAGCUAGAACCGGAGCUUGAGCAGCAGUCAGAGCCAGAUCAAGAUCCAGAAGAAAGGGCUGAGGAUGCAGGGCGACGACGCCGCCAGAGUGGUGGUGGGCGCGCUCAACCCCCGAGCCAGCAUUUUGCUCAGCUGGUCCCCCGCACACGUUACAUACCCCUCGCUACCAUGGCGAACAAGUGGGCGCCGCUCGAGCGCGAAGCCAUUGCCGCCGUACAGUCCCUCCUGGAAGAGUGUGCGCGGCCGGUCAUAUCGCGCGUCGGCGCCAACGCCGGCGCCAGCGGAGGAGGUGCAGCCGUGGAGCGGCGCCAGGAGCAAACGCGGCAGGCCAUUGCCAGCGUAACGCGCCGCGUGCGAUCCAAGCUCGUCAAGGGCAUCCCCUUCCCGCCAGGCACGGUGCACAUUGUGUCACGUCGCGGACGCCCCAGCACAAAGCCACUGCCCGACGACGACCGCAAUGGUCUCGCGGCCGACUUCAACUUUGAGCGCGCCGUCGAGGAAGCUCAUGCUCUCGAGCAGCAGCUCAGUCCGCUACAGCAUGCCGUUGCCUUGCUCGAGCGCGAGCGCAAACACGAAGAAGAGGCACUGGCAGCCGACUAUGCUGCGUUGCGGCAGCUUGAGACCAACGCGCAGGCCGACCUGCGCACGUGGCGCGAUCGAACACGACGGGCGCACGUGCUAGCUCCAGUGGACGUCGGCGACAACAGGUCCCUGAAGGGGGGCAACGACGACAGCCUGCAAUUUGUGGAGCUUGCGAAACGAGCGCCUGCCUUGGGUGGCAACGACCAUGGCAAGGACGAGAAUGAGAAUAACGAAAACGGACAGAGCAGGGACAAGAGCCAAAACGGAGGUCUUUUUGAGCAUCUCGACAAGGACCUGUCUACAGUGGCAGCGCAGCUCAGCAACCACAUGGACAGUCUCAAGAGCAACCUUCAGCAGAUCGCUGGCGUCCUGCCCGCCAUGAACCAGACCAAGGCGGCGCUGCAGCACGUUCUUCACCAGCGGCUUGAUGCUGAAAAAUAUGAGCGUGUCAUUCUCGGCCCGUAA